AUGGAUAAUAAAGUCCAGCCGUCUGUAACACCUGAAAAUAAAAACGCAGAAGAUAAUGUACCUAGAAAACCUAAAGUCAAUGAAACGAUACAUUCAAUGAAAGCGGUUUUUCUUCUCGAAAAUUUUUACGGCAUAUUUAGAUGCAGAGUUACUGAAGAAGGUUUAAUACCCACAAACAAAAAACUGAAAUUCAUUACCUUAUUAAUAACUUCAACCUACGCUCUGUUGUUCAUCACAAUGUUAAGACUACUUAGAGCAAUUAACGGAAUUGGUAAAAUUGUGGAUGCGAUCGACGAAGUGCCCUCCAUCGUCAUAAUAGCACAAUACGUGUCAUCUACUAUAAGAACUUCUUUCCUGCUGAGCGAGUCCAACAUCCGUCUGUUCAAAUCUAUCGCUGAUCUUGAUUUCAAAUUGCACAUCGAUACAAACAAAGGGUUCUACAAAAGCACGUGUCGAGUAACUGUAAUAUGCAUGUUGAUACUUGUGAUUUUUCAUCUACUGUUUGCAGCUGCUGACUUACUUACAGAGGAUGAUAAUAUCCCAUUGAGUAAAAUUGUCAUUCUGCCUAUAUAUUUCGAACAAAAUCUCGAGUUAAGUGUAUUCUGCUUGAUGAUAUGGAUGCUAUCAAAAAGGCUAGUGGUGAUUAACAACUAUAUAGCAGUGUUCAUCAAAGAGAAAGAAACAAAACUAUCAAUAUUUCUCGUUAAAGAUAAAGAAACGAAGGAGAAGGCGAAGGAAUUUAAUUUAAUCGGUCAACCCUCCCCUGACAAUAUGAAGAUCAGAGAUUUGGCAUUAACUUACGAUAUUAUCGGGGAAACAUGUGCCUUAAUAAAUAAUAUCUAUAACUUUCAAAUUUUUAUGUCCCUUGUGGCAACUUUUUGCUAUAUCGUCAUAACCAUUUGGUCUUCACUGUUUUAUUACAUGCAUUCCUUGGGACGUAAUCAAGAUUAUGGUUCCUUAGCUACAAUAAUAAUAUGGUGUACAACCGCUGUUGUUGGAGUAGGUAUGCUAUCGUUGUCUUGUGAACGGUUGCUAGUGAAGAGAAAUGAAACCAAGGUGUUGGUGAAUAAGAUCAUAAUGGACUAUGAUCUGCCCAAGAACAUGAGGGUACAGGCCAAAGCGUUCAUGGAGUUGAUAGAGGCGUGGCACCUGCGCAUUUUCAUUUACGACAUGUUCUCAGUGGAUAUAUCACUAAUGCUGAAAUUCAUUAGCGUAGCCACUACAUAUCUGAUAGUUAUCAUUCAGAUAACACACUUUUUGUAA